AUGUUAGUGCAGUGGUUAGCGCAGAGGUUAUUGCAGAGGUUGGGAGUUUGUGUCCUGCCUAAGGCGAAGUGUUCAAAUGCUUAAAAAAACAUAUUAUUGUUUUAUUUAUAAUGUAAUGGGGGGGCAUGUUUUGCCUAGGGCACCGCAGGGCUAGCCCUGUCACAGAGGUGAAGAGGUAAACAGAUCAGAUCUCAGUGAUUCUCCUUCAUAACUUUGUAUUUUCUGCACCAUCUCGGAGGACCUCCCUCUAUAACGCUGCUUGUGCGGUCCCUGGUGGAGAAUCGGAGCUCUGUGAGGAUCCUGGUGUCUCCAGCAGCUCACAGACCUGCUGGCCUUUUAUCGUUCCUCCUCCCCGUACUUCCUCUCCUUUCAGACCUAUUUCCUCUUUCCUGUUUCCUGCUGGCCUGAACAUCCUGUUCUCAGGACCGAAGGUUGCUCCGCUCUCACAGCUGAUCCCAGACCCAAAGGGAACCACCGUGAUGAAGCAGCUCCAGCUGCUGGAGGAGAACAUCUGCUCCAGAAACUAAACGAUUCUUUAUAGCAUUCUGACACCAAUCAUCACGUUUCUGUCAUCAAUGGACACUUAAGUCCUAGAAGAUCCAAACGGUUGGUGGACUUUAACAAAGUUGGACCUCUACGGACAUUGAUGACCAGAACACCUGAAUGUACAGGUGUGAGCGAGGAGGUAAAGCCCUUCGCGCCCCCCCACAUGUCAGGAUGGGAGGUGCAGCGUCCUCAGCAGGCCGCCUGAGCGCUGAACCUGAGUGGGUGCUGGGGGGUCUCGGGGCUCCAUGAGCCGGACUGGAGGCUGUGAGUAACCUGUCUGCAGGUAGCCAGCGUCUGUGUGGGCGGGGUGAGUUUGUAAACAAGUCCAGAGGAGGCGGGUCACAUGGGAUGCCAUGGAGGUCAAAGGUCACUUCAUCUCUGCUCCUGAUUUUCUUACCUGUCGGGACAGGAAGCACAGAGAAAGAAUGGUUGAACUGCAGGAGAGGAGGCGGGGCCUACAGGCACUACUGGGCACCCGAUUGGCUGAGCUGAGGCACAUAUGUCUGCAGGAAGCAGAGCUGACAGGUACCGUGCCCUGCGACUUCCCGCUGGAGGUGGGGGAGAAGCCCCCCUGUGUCCAGAGACGGGGAGGAAACAGGAAGAGUCGUGUGGAGGAGGAAGAGACUCAGCGUUCGAAGCAGAGAAAAAAAAUAUUCAGUGGAACUCUCAGGAAACACAACACAUCAGAACACAAUGGACACAGUCACACCAACACACACCACAGCAAGAGGACCGUGCACAGAGGAUGCCACACAGAUGACACUGUUCGGUCAGAGAGCAGCUCUACUCCGGACUCAGCAGGACAUGAACACGAUAAUGCAGCAGCGCAAAGUCGCCCUCUGGUGGUUUCUUCUGGAUCUCCAGCUGAGAUUUUCUACCACAACAAAACCAGUCGAAACAGGGCGGACCCUCUUCAGACCCAUAAGCCCACCUCCAACCCCCCCACAGGCUCUCAGGACUCCUCCUCCUCUACUCCCUCCGUAGGAGGUGAAGGCUCAAACGGGCUGGUGGGCAGCAUUACCCCCCCGCAGGAGGAGCUGGCGGUGCAUCACAUUGGUGCCAUGUCCCGGCAGACGAGUGCCGGCGGGACGUUCUGGAGCUCUGAGAUGCUGACCGACAGACAUGUGAGGACCGCUGCUGAGGAGGAGAAGGGGACGGCGGCGGGGAAGAGGCGAGGGGGGGCGUAUGGGGAAAUCCUGCUCGACUAUGUGUGCGGGAGGCAGAGGCAGCUGCAGAGGCAAUUCUCACAACCCAACAAGCAGCCAAUCACAGCGCAGCACCAGCUGCUCCGCAACGGAGACUCUGUCCACCAGCUCCCUGGAGCCCCGCCCAUCCAUCACCGCCAUCUCGGAGGGAACCAGGAGCGAUCCACUGUCACUCGGACCAAGUCCUGCGGCCACAACUCCACACCGCCCACCAUCCAACCCGACCCCCAUCCCAACCUGCUCCCACCCAGACCCCCCCAGCUCCCCUCCAACCAAGACUCCCAGCUGGAGGAGGCGACCAGGAGCCUCCACAAGGCUUUGGCGUUGGAAGGUCUCAGGGACUGGUAUCUGAGGAACACUCUUGGCUCCUCCCACCACAACCAGACCAGUGCAAAAGUCACAGCAGGGGCGUGCACUAAGUUGAAGGCCAAGGUUAAAGGUCAGAACGGCGGCGGGGAGGCUCUUCAGCGCAGGCGGACCACUCACGCUGUUCUCCCACAGUCUACCUAUGAGGCGGACGGAGGUUACCAGCAUGCCGCGCUGCAUCCCAAACCAACGCUGUCGCACUCCGUCACGUUUCAUGGCCACCCGCUGCACAGCAGGACAUCAGGGAGUACCUUCUGCCAUGACUUGCUUUCCGCUCAAAAACAGGAAGCUCCCUCCCACCUGAUCCCAGACCAGCUGUCUCCUGGGACUUUGGUCUGACUCGUCAAUGAGGACACUCUGUGUCAGAGAGGGCAAACCCAGCAUACCCAGUGGAGGAUGAAACCCUGACUAAUGUCUCAGAACUGUCUGCUGCAAGGAAGUGCCACCAAAGCCAUCCUGAAAAACUGCAACAUAUUGAAAAAGGACAAUUCCCUGUCUUCACAACCUUAAGGUCCACAGAAGGGGAUAACGCCCAGGAGGAUCUCCUCAAACAUUCACCGAGACAAGUCUAUCAACCAAAUGUGACCUACGAGAACAAACCAAUCGGCCAAUAGUAAAAAGCUUUAAAAAUGAAUCAAUAAAGAUUGUUAGAAGCAGAUUUUGAUGUGGAUUCAGACCAGGACUGGCUGAACCUGCAGCUCAGAGAUCGAAGUCUUUAAACCUGUUUCUGGUUUGUGCACAGCAAGCUGGAGCGACAGACGAGUUCUGUGACAACAUUCACAUCGUCAAUCUGCAACCAAUCUGCAAAGACAAUCGGACUCAGUGUGUCUAUAUGUGUAUGUGUGUGUGUUUGGGGAGGAGUUUGUAUCCCCCAACAUCACUUUAUUACAUGUGAGGAGCUCUGCUCACUGACAUCACCAGCUGCAGCCAAACCGUAUUAAUCUGAUCAGGUGAAUCCCUCAGGUGAGUCCAAACAAGAUGCAUCAGGUAAACUCAUAGUCUGGACUCAGUGUGUCUGUUCGGAAAACCAGCUCCAUCCUGAAACCGGCUGAAACCGCAAGACCAGGUGCUUCAUAGAAACUGUCCAGGUCCAGAACUUUUAGGACCAUCUGCAGGGAGACCUGCAAUAAAGUCAGCGAUAAAUCCAGAUCCAAAUUUAGAUCAAGAUCCACGUCCAGGCUCCAAUCUGGAUGCAGGUUAUGAAAAUGAAGCAAUAAAGAGAACUGCAAGUUUCAGUUUGAACCUUAAACCACUUCAGGAUGAAAAAACAUUGACAAAGACAAUCAGACAAUGAUGUCAUUGGGUUAUUGAUUUGUUUUCUGAUCGACCAGUUCAUCAGAUGGCUUGAUCCAGUUUUUGUACAAAGAUACAGCGGACUGACUGUUUUUAUAAAUUAUUAAUGAAUGACUUUACAGCUUUGUUUAGUGUUAUUGAUGUUGUUAUUGACAAGAAUGCAUGUGCUUCACACCUGUGCUGUUUACUGAACCUCUGCUGUCCUACACACCUGUGCUGUUCAAGCCACACAUUUGCUUUUUAAUAAACAAGUGCUGUUUAACUCA